CAUCUCCCCGCGGGAGGGCUGGGGGUGGCAGCCCGGCAGCGCUGGGAGCCGGGGGGCUCCAGCCCCUUCUCCCACCGCCACGUGACGGGGCUGGGCCCGAGGAGACGCCCACCGCGGUGGGUGGGUGGGUGAGAGGGAGGGGAGGAAGGGGACCGGGACACCUGCCCGUGGCAGCAGCCGGCAGAGCAGCCGCGCUCCCUCCCGGCCGCCCCCACCUCUCCGGAGCCCCGCUGCGCCCGCCGGGGCUGGAUGUGCCGCGGGAGCCGGGCGCGGAGGCGGCCUUGGGUGUCACGAGCGGCUCCGGCCUCAGCAGCAGCUCCACGUGGGCGGCCCCGUCGCAGUCAGGAUCCCAGCUGACAGCGGCUGGGGAGGGGGGUGAGGAACUGCACCGGGGCGGCCGCCGCCUCUUCCCAUGGACCUGUCCGGGUGCCAGCCCUCGCCGCCGCUUGGAUGCUGAUGUGAGGCAGCCCAGGGGGGUGUCCUGAGCUCCCUCGCUGCCUCCCCCCCCCACCCCAGCCCCCCCAGAUGCAUUCGCUGCUGGAUCGCAAGAAGAAAGCAGGCGGCUGCGUGGAUGCUGGGCUGGAGCUGCCGGCUGCAGGUUCCCUUCCCCAGCCUCAGAGGAUGUUCAGCUGCGUGGGCUGCUUCUGGGUCCUCCUAUCCUCCUGCCUGGUGGCCGUCUGCAGCUUCAGCUUCCUCUCGCCUGCCUGGAUCGUGAAGGAGCAUCACCUCCAAGCCCACGGCGGGGUCAGCUUCGGCUUGCUGUGGCACUGCUCCGAGACGCUGGAGCAGAUGUACAGCUGCUACACCUUCGGGGGCCUGGGCAAGUUCCACGAGAUCCCCUCCAGCGCCUGGCAGACGAGUGCAGUGCUGUGUUCUGGAGGCUGUGGUCUCUUGGCCCUCAGCUGCCUGCUGGCGAUCAUCGCUAUAUUCCUGCCCAGCGGGCUCUGUGAGAGACGAGUGUGCACCCUGGCUGGCUACAUGCAGACAGCAGCGGUAUUCAUCAUGGCAUCUGGACUUUUGGUUUAUCCUUUCGGCCUCACCUCUGCUACAGUGAAGAAAUUCUGUGAGAAUUCAAGCAUAUACAAUGCAGGAGAUUGCCAGAUUGGAUGGGGGUACAUGUUGGCAAUUGUUGGAGUCAUGUUAUCUGUCUUUUUACCAUUCUUUGCAAAAUAUGCACCAAAAGAGUACAUAUCUCCAACUCCAAUACCUACUAUUUUAUAGUAUUUUAUUAGUAUUUAACAGCAAAACAUUCCUGUUAAUCAAUGGGCAGAAAGUAUUAUAGCACUUCCUUUUAGCUGUAUGGCUAAAAAAAAAAAAGAGAGAGAGAUGGAGAGAGAGGGUCAGAAUCACAGAGACCAAAAGUGCACUGAUAGUCUUCCAUAAGCAUGAGAAGCUAACACUCUGGAAUUGAAAUAAGACUAAUUAGUAGCCUUUAUGCUGCUCUAAACUUAUAAUGGCUUAAUGCCUUAGUCAAAAAAUCUGUUUAUCCUCAAAACAUCUGUCUACCUCCCAAACAGUUUCUUUUAUGUCUCAAAACAGUAAAUCUGUUAAAAGCCUCAAUUCUCUUUUAUAUGUUAUUAAAUGUCAGAACUUUUAUGAACCCAAUAAUUUUAAAUCUGAUAAUGAUAUUUUGUUAUAGUUACUAUGAGUGGGAAAAAGCCUACUAGUAACCAGAGCCUAAAAUGAAGCUUACCUAUGAAAAAAGAUGUAUGCAAGAAAAAGUGCUUUUGUUUGUUUAUUUUUAAUCAAUGCAUGUUAGGAGUGUGCCUGAAUAUUGUACUUUGUAGGCACAUGUUUUAGUACUGGUCUAACAAUUGGGAAGUAUAGCCUCCACCGUGAUUGCUAUACAUUUUAGAUAACUUUUUGCUAAAGAGAUCUAACCUUUUCAAAAGGCCCAAUACUAAAAUAGCUUAAAAAGGAGAAAAGUAUAUUAAGAGGAGAAGUGCAUUUGUUUUACCAUAGUUCUUAGAUUAUGAUUUUGCAUGGAAUUGUAUAUAAUUAUGUAUAGUUUUGGGGGUUUUAUAAGCCUGUAAGGUAAAGACUGUGAGUAUAUGUGGCAGACUUUGACUCAAUAUCAUCCAAUGUAAUGAUGACUAGAAAAAUGUCACAUCUGAUGGGUAUUUUUGUGUGUGAAAUUUAUGAAGUCUAGUUCCAGCAAUGGCAUUUUUGGUUUCAUUACCACCAAGGACUCAAACAAAUGCACCACAUGCCUUAAACAAAAGAAUGAUUGGGUUCUAAUAUUACUCCAUUGCCAUAUUUCUCCUUCAAAAUUACAGUAAAAGUCCUAUCCAGUACUUAGGUCAUGAGGAUGUUAUUUAUUUUUAAUAUUUACUAGUAAAGAACUGAACCUCUUGAUUAUAUUUUAUUUUAAUACUGAACCUUACUUUUCUGCUUUUUAUUUUGUCCUGUGAACCAACUGAUCAACUCUAUCAUCUUUGUUAGUUGUAUGCAGUGCUGUUGUAGCCAUUUGGUCCCAGGGUAUUAAAGACAAGGUGGGUGAGGAAAUACCUUUUAUUAACCUUCUGUUGGUAAGAAAGAUAAGCUUUCAAGAUUACACAGAGCUUUGGAAGAAGAGCUGAAGAAGAGCUCUAUGUAAGCUCAAAAACUUGUCUCUCUCACCAACAAAAACUGGUCCAACAAAAGAUAUUACCUCACCCACCUUGUCUCUCUAUUUUUCUUGGUUAUUUACUGAAGCCUGGGUAAUGGUUAUUCCUGAAUUUCUUCUUUUCUGAAAAAUGUGCGUGAAGGGACAGAUAAAGAAAUGUUGAGGAAGUAUAAGAAAAUGAGAACUGAUAGAACAAUCACUUUACUUUAUUCCAAUAUGUAUCAAAGUAUUAUACAAUCUUGUUUACAUUGUGAAGCCUUCUAAACUCAACUUAAUUAAGCAUUACAUUAUUUUUUAAAGUAGCUGACUGUUGUUACAUAAUCAUGAGCUCGAAAGAGCAAAUUAUGCACAUACAUUUAUAAUAUAAUUCAAUUACAUUAUUAAUGUUUUAAAAUGCAUAUUUCAAAGCUGAAUAAAAUAAAUAGAGAGAGCUCUAUGGUUUUUGUCAUAGAGAACUAAGGAAUGAAAUCUUCUAAAUAUUUAACAAAAAUGAGGCUGAAGGAAUUUCCUCUGCUCUCCUAAAAGCAGAAUAGACUUCAGUCUUCUCUGUAUGUAGCAUGUAGCAUUUUUAGUAGUGUCUUAUGCUCAUUUCAUAAAUUGCUGGAAUAGAUUGGAAAGCUUCAUAUAAAAUUCAGAAGGUAAAAAGUGAGAAAAUAAACAGAUAAAAAACCCAUAACCACAAAGUAAAGAGAGAGAUGCAGGCUUUUCUUUCCUAACCAACCUGUGCCUUUACAAUAGAACAAUUAUACAAGACAGGAUCAAUAUAUUAAAAAAUUCUCAUAAACCACUGAAAAUGUUAUACAAUGUGUAAAAAUUGUAUUCUGUGGGUUUUUCUCUGUUUUGUGUAAUGUUUACGAUUGUUCACUUAAUGUUUCACUAGAAAAAGUGAUUUGUUAGUGUAAAUUAGAAAACAUUUUUGCAAAGAUUUAAUUGGUUACCAAAAGUAAAAUAAUUUUAGAUUUCUAUUAAUACCCAUAAUAUAUCUAGUAGACACAGAGGGCCCAAUCCUGUCACCACUUAUAAACAUAACUUUACUCAUGUGCAGAAUUGUGCCCAUCAGUAAUCCCAUUGAAAUCAGUAGGAUUACACAUGUGAAUAAAGUUACGUAAAUGUUUGCAGGAUCGGACGCAUAGUUUGAAAUUCCUUUAUAACUUUCACCUAUUUUCUCAGUAGGGGUCUUAAAAUUUACAAUAUUGCUAUACCAAACUACGUAUUGAAAAUUUAUUUUCAGUGUUUUGAACAAACAAUCAAGUUAAAAACUCAAGUUUUUUCCACAGUAUCCUCCACUUUCUAAGAAAGAGCGAAACUAAUGCUUCCAUAUUGAACGUCCUUUAUAUAAUUUUAAACAUUGAAAGGAAAUAACGAAAACUUAAUGGAGACUGAUGAAAUCUAAAAUGGGGUAGACAGAAUUGCCAUGUAAAAGGUCCAUGUUCAGAGCCAAUUUAUAACUCUGGGUAGAGAUCAUACUGUAACUGACUCAAACCAGAGUAAGCAAAGCAUAUAUUGCAGAAGCUCCUCUGGAACUUAAAUAGGGGGAAUUACUACCAAUACAUUUGCUAACACUGAUAAAUCACUUUUUUAAUGAGGACUGUCUGUGAGUUAUAUUGUGUAUAAUAGUUUUCUUGUUAAAAAAAAACAGAAAAUUUACUGGAUCAGGUUCAAGUUUUAUUCUAAAUAUAUAAUUUUUUAAGUGUAACUAAAAGCUGUAUUUUCCAUUACUGUGUUUCUGCGUUGACUAGCUGCCUCCUUUUUAGAAUAUUAACUGUUUUCCGUAUUUGACUUGUUGAAUAAAAUAUUUCAAUUAUUUUAAAUGUGAAAUUUACAAUUGACAACACUAUAAUAAAAUAAUUCACAUUGUU